ACUAAGAAUGAAAAAGGGAAAACCAAAGCAACAAUAAAUUCAGUGGUCAAUUCAAUAAAGGCCCGUGUCUGCAGAAGGAGAUUUGAGUUGAGAUUAGAUUGACCAUCAACAGUUCCAUAUCUCACGCACUCGACUUAUCCACCCACCACCUUCAUCGCUCCCAUAGCUCUCACUCUCACGAAUCCAUGGCUUCUCAUAAUACAAGUUCCUCAUCCAAAUCCAUGGACCCCCACCGUAGAAACCAACCCCCCGCCGCCGCCGCCGUCGUCACUCCCGCCGUUGUCUCUCCCCACCCAACAUCACCAAAACUAGAUCCCACAACCCCUUUGUCCGACUCAGACAACUUGUCAAAAUCAAACCCACCUUCUCCAAAAGUCGAUUCUAUUUCUCUUCACUCACACCCCAAAAUGGUUGGCCCCAUAACAGUGCAAAAGGUAGCCAAAAAACCCAACGAAACCCCUCAAGAACACUCCACUACGGAGAAAUUCAAUGAUUCUGAAGAGAGAUACGAACGCAUGAUCAACUGUAUCACCGCCAAAGAAAGGGAAAUGAAACAACUCCUAAAGGAACACGAACAUCUCACUCGCAGACUCUCUGUUUCUCUUUCUUCAUCACGUAGUGGAAGAAGAAAAUCAAUCUGUGUCUCACAGAUUCAGUUAGCAGACGUGUUUGCUAACAAUGGAGUCAAAGUGGUUUCGGCCGAUAUGCCACCGUUUAUGCAGAUCCACGCCGUCGAUUGCGCUAGAAAAACCCACGAUAGUAUGGAAAAGUUUACUUCCAAAUCCCUUGCCCUGACUCUCAAGAAGGAAUUCGACGGGGUUUACGGGCCGGCAUGGCAUUGUAUUGUAGGGAAGAGUUUUGGGUCAUUUGUGACACAUUCAGUGGGUGGAUUUCUGUAUUUUUCCAUGGCUCAGAAGCUUUACAUUCUGCUCUUCAAAACCACUGUACAAAGAGCCAAUUAGAAAUAAUACUGAAUAAUUACUCUGUUUUUUGUUCAAACAAAACAGAGCUCUCUCUAA